GCCAGUGAUUGAACCAUGAACCUUCCAAUUGGUAUAUUUCUUGGUCUACCAACAGCUACAGCUACCACCGUUUUGGGCUCUAUAUCUACAAAAGAUGGUGUUUACAUGCUGUGGUAUUCAACACAAGAUGAUCAAACCACAGCAGCUUUAGCUGAGCUGUCAGUCAGUAGCAGUACGUUCCUCUGUGGACUGCAGGGGCUGAUGGGAGCUUUGAAGAACUACUGCAUAUCAGCGGAGGGGGAAGACCCGUCUGAUCUCACAGCUCGUCCUUGUUUGGCCUCAGCUGCAUCAGAGCGCUACUUCUCCCCAGGUUCACCAGAGGAAACACCACUGCACAAAAUGCUUUUCCUCCCAGCUGCUGCUCUGUGCUGUCUGUGUUCAGCACUGGUUACCAUGGCAGCGCAGCUGAUUCAGGAUGAUUUAACAUUGACCAGGAGAGUUGGAGAAAGUGUCUCCUUCAGCUGUGGAGAUGAUGAAUGUGACUAUACUGGUUUGAUCUGGUACCAGAAGAAAGACACUGAACCAUUUAGGCUAGUCCUUGUCGUGGAUACUGAUGAUGGUAGAGUUGAGUCAAGUUCUAAUCAUUCCCAGAAAGAUGAUUUUUCAGUUGAGAUUAAACAGAACAGAUACCGGUUGAAGAUAGAGAAAGUUAAACUUGAGCAUUCGGCCACUUAUUACUGUGCCUGUUGGAAGGAUGCACCCGGAGGCUAUGAUUACGACAUCUUCGGCUCUGGAACUAAACUGUAUGUAACAGAUGAGCAGGUAGUGAAGCCCGUGGUGAGCGUGUACCCAGCAGCAUCCAGAGCCCACCUGGAGGGGAACAGCUCCCUGCUGUGUGUGGCCUCAGCCAUGUUUCCUCCUCUGGUCCAGUUCUCCUGGAAAAGACAGAAGAAGAACGGCGGAGAAGCGGAGGAGCUGCCCCCUGCUGAGGGAGAGCAGCUGGAGCUCAGAGAGUCGGGAUACAGCGCCUCCAUUUUAGUGGUUAAUCGGGAUGAUCCCUUCACAUACAUGUACAGCUGUCGUGUCAGACAUCAGGGGGGCACAGUGGAGGCCCAAACACGACAUGAGCUCCUCUCUUAUGUUCUCCAGUCUCAGUGCAGGGUGAAGCUGCUCUGCCUGCUGUACACAGUGCUGAUAGUGAAGAGUCUGGUGUACUGCUGUGGACUCUCUCUGCUGAUGAUCCUCACAAACAAGGGACCGUCCACCAACUGCACACAGGCUGACUGUUUUCUGAUUGGCAUUUUUCACACUCAGAUUUCCCCAAGUGAGCAGGCAGAAAUGUAAAUUAAGUUGUGGCUGGUAAAAUCCAUCCAUCUUCUUCCUCCUAUUUGGGGCUGAGUCGCAGGGGCAGCAGCCUAAGCAGAGAAGCCCAGACCUCCCUCUCUCCAGUAACCUCCUCCAGCUUAUCCGGGGGAACACCAAGGCGUUCCCAGGCCAGCUGAAAGAGAUGAUCUCUCUAACGUAUCCUGGGUCUGCCCCGGGACCUCCUCCCGGUGGGACAUGCCUGGUGGUUUGGAGAAAUGUUUAUCAUUUAUACCCUUCUCAAAUAUAACCACCUUAAACUAUAAAAUAGAUAUGCAAAUAUUAAAACAGUAGUUGUUUUAAAGUGUAAAUGUUUCAUAUGGAGUCUUCUUUCUUGUGUAUAAGGUUUUAUUUUUUUUCAGUCAGGUAUGCAAACUAUCAAAACCACAAAGACAGUGAACAUACAUGUGCUAUGAUCAUUAUAGUAAAGAGCUGCUUGGUUUUUGUUUUGUUUUUUUCUUUAAGGAAUGUAUAUUUUUCUUCUUCACUGAUAACACAAGAGGAAAGGUUUUUUUUCUUUACAUGACAUUUGUUGCACCUUGUAUAUAACAAAAAGGUGGCUUAUUCCCUUUUCCACCAAUCCAAAUGCAAAGAUAUAUUCUUUCUCAGUUCUGGGUCCUUGUAUAGUGAAUAUGUGAGAUUUAUUAUUGCCAUCACAAACUUGCUUUGUACAGAUUCAGCACAGGUUUAAAAAAAACAUCAUCUAGAGCUUGGAGAAAAUAAUGACAGUUUCAGUGAGCUGAGCCGUCCAGCACAUCUGUGUUUGAACCAGUUAUUCAGUUUCGGGUUUCAAACAUUCAAAAUCUUUUCCUCUUUAAAUAUUACAGAAAAAGUAAUGGUGCCUCUUGGUUUCACUCCAGGAUCAUGCAGCUGUGCCAUUCAUGUGGGUUGAUGCUUGAAACCUACCGUAACAGUGUAGUUAUUGUAUGUAAAAAUAAAGACUUGAUUCUGAUGAA